AUCCCCAUAAGCAUGCCUGUCCCAACGGAAAACUGAUUUGGCUAUAUCUGUUUUUCCCGGAAAUCAUGCCAAUACAUCUUCGAUCCAUCUAAUUACAUCACCUUCAUGUACCCUUCUAUAUAUACAAGAAUAAACUGUAUGCAUGUAUCAGUCCCUUUUUAAUUCUACUUUCAAUCAGGGAAACCCAUGUUCAUACUUCCAGUUUGAGCCACCACUGAAUUACAUUACAAGUUUGCAAAAGCCUCCUUCACAAUGCAGAAGUAAGCCAUCUGACGAUACCUUUAUAUAAUGCAGGGCAAGUUUCGGUUGCCGCAUCAUCAACUGUUUCUUCAUAUCCUAUAUUCACGGGGAACACGAUAUGGAGAUCGCUAAAAGCAGUUCCAUCUUGAUUAUCAGUCUGGUGCUUGUCUCGAGUUUGAUCCAAGCACAGGCUUAUUAUGCUCUCUACUGUCGUCACAAAACCAGAUGCUCUGGGAAGUACAUCAGAUGUCCCUCUGAAUGCCCCAGCAGCGAAUCAUCUGAUCCUCAGGCUAAGGUUUGCUUCAUUGACUGUGACAAACCUGUUUGCAAGGCUGUCUGCAGAAAACGAAAACCGAACUGCAACGCACCUGGAUCAGGAUGCUACGAUCCUCGAUUCAUUGGCGGAGACGGCAGGGUGUUCUACUUCCACGGUAAGAGCAACGAACACUUCGCCCUGGUCUCCGACCCCGACCUUCAGAUCAACGCCCGCUUCAUCGGACACAGACCUGCCGGUCGAGGACGUGACUACACUUGGAUCCAAGCCCUUGGCAUCCUCUUCAAGUCCCAGACUUUCUCGCUCGAAGCCAGCAAGACUGCACAAUGGAACGACGACGUCGACCUUCUAAAGUUCACCUACAACGGCAACGAUCUACUCGUUCCGGAAGGCUCCCUGUCUAAAUGGAACUCUUCGGAACAGGACGUCAAGGUGGAGAGAGUGGCGAGCAAGAACAGUGUGAUGGUGACGAUAAAGGACGUGGCUGAAAUUCUCGUGAACGUGGUGCCAGUGACGAAGGAAGACGACAGGAUUCAUAACUACCAGCUGCCUUCAGAUGACUGCUUUGCCCACUUGGAAGUUCAAUUCAGGUUCACGAAGCUGUCUGCUGGUGUUGACGGAGUGCUCGGGAAGACAUACAGGCCAGAUUUUGAGAACCCGGCGAAGCCUGGUGUGGCUAUGCCAGUGGUGGGAGGCGAAGAAAGGUAUAGAACAGCCUCGUUGCUUUCUGCAAGGUGUGAGUCAUGCCUGUACUCGCAGGAAAACUCAUCGGCUGAGAAGGAAGUUGAUAGUGCAGAAGCAGAGUAUGCUGCUCUUGACUGCACCAAGUUCUCCUAUGGCUUGGAAUUGUCUGCAAGAAAUAAAUAGUGCAUGUGGCGUACAGUGAGAAAACAAUAAAGUCAGUCGGAUUUGGGUUGAAGUGAUUUUAUUUUUUUUGGUAAUUUGUUGGCUUGAGGGUUGCGACUUUACUGUUUGCACUACGUUGAUGGGAGUUCUUCAAUUUCAUUUGUUAUGAAGGUCAUAUGUUCAGUUAUUUGAAUAAACUAUUGCAUGUUUUUUUUUUUUAAUCUAUUGGGCUUCCGCUUCUCGAUGGAGCGUUUUAGUAAUAAAAAAAUGAAAAAGACUAAAAUAAUGUUUGUUUAAUAGCCAACUCAGUUGUCGGAAUUUUGUCAU